CCUAGUAGGUUCUCCUCCUCGAAUGCAGGGGUGACAGCACCGCAGCGACCUUGACACCAUGGCUAUAUCUUGCCUGUUCCUCACAGACGCGAAAGGAAAAGUAAUCAUUGGCCGAAACUAUCGCGGUGACAUUCCAACAUCGACUUCAGAAAGGUAUACCUGCUUAGCUCUUUUUCAAUAUGCUAUGCAAACUCAGAUUUGCUCAAUAUAUUCAAGAUAAAGAUGAGAUGGAUCAACGUCCAAUAUUCACAGAGGGUGGAUGUACCUUUGCUUACAUCAAGGUUUGAAACUGAUACAAAACUGAGAAUAAUCUUUCCAUACUUCACAGCACAACAACCUGUUCCUGACCUGUGUCACCAGGAAGAAUUCGAAUGUGGCUCUAGCUUUGAUGACGUUGUAUCGCUUGAUAAGUGUGAGGCCCACGUUACUGAGCAUCGAAAAAAUCCUGACGAUCAGGUUUUCAAGGACUACUUUGGUGGGCUAGACGAGGAAAGCAUUCGGGAUAACUUUGUUGUCAUCUAUGAGCUCAUGGAUGAAACUUUGGAUUUUGGCUACCCCCAGUCACUUGAUGCGAAAAUUUUGCGAGAGUAGGUCAUUAAUGCCGCUCCCAUAUAAACCAUUUUAGCAGGUUCAUCACUCAAAAAAGUAAUCGACACGAGAUUGCACCAAGACCUCCAAUUGCCGUCACCAAUGCCGUUUCCUGGCGCAGCGAGGGCAUAAAGCACAGAAAAAAUGAAAUAUUCCUCGAUGUCAUUGAAAAACUGAAUCUUCUAGUUUCUGGCAAUGGUGGCGUUCUCAAUUCAGAGAUAAUCGGUGCAAUAAGAAUGAAAUCAUACCUCAGCGGCAUGCCCGAGCUGAAGCUGGGUCUCAACGACAAGCUUAUGUUCGAGGCUACCGGCAGGUCAAUCGCACGGGGCAAAGCAGUCGAACUUGAGGACAUCAAGUUUCAUCAAUGUGUGCGCCUUGCUCGUUUUGAGAAUGAUCGCACCAUAUCAUUCAUUCCACCUGAUGGUGAAUUUGAUUUGAUGACAUACAGGCUGACCACUCAAGUUAAACCGCUUAUUUGGGUUGAGGCUGUAGUUGAGCCACACUCUCACAGUCGAAUAGAGUACAUGGUCAAAGCAAAAAGUCAGUUCAAGAGUCGUUCUGUCGCCAAUAGUGUGGAUAUUGUUAUACCAGUCCCCCACGAUGUGGAUUCGCCUUCGUUUAAAUCGAGUAUUGGUUCAGUAAGCUAUCUUCCAGAUCGCAAUGUCAUCAUUUGGAGUAUAAAGCAGUUCAAUGGCGCAAGAGAGUACUUGAUGCGUGCGCAUUUUGGUCUACCUUCUGUCUCUGGUGAGAACCCAGAUCGUUGGAAAGCUCCAAUUGAAGUUAGAUUCGAAAUUCCUUAUUUUACGGUUUCUGGCAUUCAAGUUCGGUACCUCAAAAUCAUCGAAAAAAGCGGUUAUCAAGCACUUCCGUGGGUCCGUUACAUCACCCAAAACGGCGACUAUCAGUUGCGCAUGACAUGAUCGGGUCCCGACGGAGGAUUGUUUAUUGCAAGCAAGCACGCCAGCCUGAUUCAAGGCAAAGUGGCAACAAGUUCUACAAUGCCUAUAAAAGGAACAAGCUCCUAAGAGCCUUCUCCCUGCUCAAGGAUACCCAACCGGAGCUUCGAAUCAGCAGUAAGAUAACGGUACAACGGGUUUUCAAUCUCCCGGGGUUUCCCCCAUAACCAAACGAGAACGAUAUUCAGCAGUCAUUGCCGUGCGAUGGGGCGAACCGAGUAUAAUCUACGGGGCCGGACCCCGAUUAAAUCGGGGGCUGUAGCGCCUCCCCUUUAAUAGCCCGAACGGGG